CAUACAGUAUUGUUUGGCUCACUCGAUUGUGCGAAUCGCUAAACUUUGCAGUCCGUAGAAAAUAUGUAUCUAAAAACGCAUAUACUAUUGCACUUCAUAUUAAUAUGCGGAAUAAAAACUUGUUUGGGUGAAAAUAAUGAACUGGAAGAUAUUUGCGACUGCAACUGUGAUCUCGAAAUAGACGUUGUUAAACACUUCAGCGCCCAAUUGGAGUCACUGCAGCAACUUGUGAAGCAAAUUCCAGCACAAAUUUUGAAACUGCAAACUGAGCAAAAAAAGUCCAAGCCGACCCACCAAUUGCAUGGAGGCAGCCGCUGGUACGCGUAAAAGUGGCAUAUAUACCAUUAAAUCUCAGCUAUUUGGUGAUGAACAAUUCAAGGUGUGGUGUGAUGAGGAUACGGAUUUUGGCGGUUGGAUUGUCAUUCAGCGACGCCUAAGUGCGGAAGUGGACUUCUAUCGAAAUUGGGAACAAUAUAAGAACGGAUUUGGUGAAUUGUCGCGAAAUUAUUGGAUAGGUUUGAAUAAAUUACACGCUCUAACCGCGAGUUGUGAACAAGAGUUGUACAUAAAAAUGGAAACGUCCAAUGGCACAAAGUACUAUGCAAAAUAUGAUUUAUUCGUCAUUGGUAGCGAAGAGGAAGAUUAUGUUUUGCGAACACUUGGUAAUUACACAGGAAAUGCUGGAUACGGUUUAAGGUAUCAUGAAGGCAGUAAGUUCACAACAUUCGAUCGAGAUAAUGAUGCAAACCCUGGUAUUAAUUGUGCCGAACGUUGGAGAGGAGCUUGGUGGUACAAACAGUGUUACCACAGCAAUUUGAAUGGAGACUAUUCUCAAAAACACAACGGCCAAAGCGUUACUUGGAUCGGCAUAAAAAGGAAUGAGUCCUUGAAGUUUGCGCAAAUGAUGAUACGGCCAACGGAAAAAUGUAUUAAGCGGUUGGCAAUGAAAAAUUUCUCACCUUUAGAAGAAAAGGCAUAAUCAUAGAAUUAAAACGACUUUUUGAAAAUUUCAAAUACACUUAUGCCCGGUUGUACCAAUCAAUUUAAAAUUUAUCAGCUUGUUAAAAAUUAAAAUGACAAAUUUUUCAUUUUAAAUUUUAACAGUCCGAUAAAUGUUAAAAUUGAAUGGUAAAACUAGAUAUCAAACUGUUAAAAUUUAAAAUAACACAAUUUUGUUAGGAAAUUUUGCUAUUUUAAAUUUUAACAGUCCGAUACAUUUUAAAAUUGAUUGGUUGUGGAAACAUACGUACAUGCAUAUGAGCCAUUUAUUUUGAAAGCUGCAAAAGUCAUUACGACAUUUUGUGCCUAAAUGGUUAAUUAAAUCUAACUGAACGCAUCCGUGAAUCGUUCUGCCAAAGGCGAAUUCAUAUAGGGUGGGUGGUGUUGUUUCAUUUUGUAUUUCGCUAUGCAGUGAGUGAAAACGUGAUAGUGUUUCCAUUUUCUCUUGCCCUUUGUUCAUGCGAGCAAGAAUAGCUGAAAUUUGAAAAAAGCCCGCUAAAGGCAAAAACAAAACACAAGUAAUUGUGUUUGUUAACCCGAUACUACCUUAUGUGAAUUCGUCUUGGUUCUGCCAUCAUAAACUAAUGACAGAACCUUUAACAUUCGGCUGAUAAAGUUGAACGAAUAGCAGACGCAUUCAGUUAUGGGCAAAUGAUGACUGAAGUCAUAUGGCAUGAAAUGGCUUAUGCGACUUUCAAAGCAAAACAGUUCAUAUGUAAACCACUUGGAACAUUUUGUAAUAAAAAUUAUUAACGACAA